GUCGUAACUUAUUCAUAACUAUGGUCGACGGCAUUUGCUCGAACUUGUCGGGAGUUUGGCCGAACAACAAUAACACCGCCGGAGCACUGCAGAGUCGCAGCCUGGGGAAGGAAACGCGAAAAAUCUGGCAGACAUGGCCGAGGCUCGGCCCGAGGACGACGAGGAGAGUAUGAGGAGGGACGUCAGGGAACAAGUGGUCCGACGACAGUCCAACGGCAACGAAGGUCGCCCUGGUAGGAGGAAGCCUGAAAAUCGUCUCAGCCAAGGUCCACUUUGGUCCCUCAGAGCAGCCAUCAAAAGAACCACCAGCAGGUCCAGUUUCUCUGACACUCCACGAGACAGAAACCGGGACGAAGACCCCAGGGUCUUGAUUGCAAGGCGACCAGACAUCACCAUCCUCUCGGCCGAGUCGCUCCCCUCCCCUUCUUGGUUAGCCAGAACGCCCGGCGCCUUCCCGCCCCCUCCUCCUCCGGCCGCACAAAUCUGGGGACCCACAAUCCCGCCGUCCAUACAGCCUCCUCCGUCCUAUGAUGAGGUGAUAAGGGAGAAGACGCAGGAGCUGGCUGUGCAAACAUCUCCAUCGCCGCCAUCGUCAUUAUCGCCGUCCCAUCCGGCUUAUCGAACGACCAUCGCCACUCAGACGGACACUGGAUCCUCUCCUGGCGCUCCAGUGAAACAUGUCAAACCGCAGCGUCCGCCCGGCCCCGCCGCUCCGUCUCAAGCCAACGCUGAAAUCGGCUCACCUUUGACCGCACCUUCUGACAACGGUCGAUCGGAACAGCCCCCGUGUGCCACGCCCCUUCCCAACGAGGCAGAGCGCCCCAGGUCCCGCCCCCGAGCUAAGCCCGCCGUGACCUCGAUCAGCAACGAGGUCAAGGUUCAGACUUUGGUGAAACUGCGAGAGGACGGCUUGGCAACGCUUGCCGCCCGCGCUCGCUGUGACAUCAGCAAACAGGACGCGAGUCAGGGUAAAUACCUCCAAGAGCUCCUGGAGGCCUUCAGCUCCGACGACUGGGGUCUUCCGGAGGAGCGAGGUGACGACAGUGGUCUCAGCCAAUCGGACGAGGAGGACGACGACAUCAUGGCUGCCAUGAAGGCGAGGAUCCAGGCCUUUGAGCAGCAGCAGAAGGAGGCGACGCCCGAGGGGAACCGUGGCGCCUCAGACAUCAACGAAGAAGUGGUCGCCAAGAAACCCGAACCCCGGCCGCGCCCUCGUCUCCAAGGGCAACCUGCCAAAGUGCUCCCCCCUACAGUUGCGCCUAAACCCAAAAGCCUCCACAAAUCCGCUUCGGUGGACUCUGCUGAACCCACCCCCGAAGUCCCGAAUUCCAAACCACGGCCAAUUACAGAGCCCCUUCCGACUCGCACCACCUCCCCCUCCCCUUGCACUACACCUGUGCCAGCCCCCAGGCUCCCUCCACCCAAAGCCACGCCCUCCCCCAAUGAGACCCCAUCCACAAAAUCUGCAUCCAGACCACCGAUCGCUCCACGAACAAGUGUGUCUUAUGAGAAGGUACCUGCCGACAAACAUGUGGCCCCAACCCGCCCCCCCAGACCUUCCACAGAGGUCAGCGGGGGGUCACAAACUCAGGACACCGUUAACCUGCCGGCUAGGUCUUCUUCUCUUAAAGGUUCCUCCCUGGAAACAAAUCCGGUUCCCUGCAAGGCUCCGGCGCUCCACGCCAAACUGUCGCUGCCUAGCCUAAAGAAGGCUGAAAGUAUUUGCGAUCCUCCGCUCCCCCCACGGCCUUCAAAUGUGAAGCAACUCCCCCCCAGACCUCCGUCCAUCAAAUCCGUCCCCGCCCGUCCACCGCCUCCCGCCGUCAUCCCGUCGGCGAACAAACCUCAGCCGCAGGCGCCGUCUUCCUUCGUGGGAGCCAAUCACAGAGCGUCCAAACGAGGGCCGCCUCUGCCCCCUCGCCCCAGGCCCGGACAUCUGCUCUUUCCCACUUGCAUGAAACAACAAGUCCUCAUCAUCCUGGAUGACCUGCCGCCGGAGGCUCCGCCUUCCCUCGUCGCGCCGCUUCACAGCACAUCCGAAUGUCUCAUAGACCUGGACGUACUGCCCCCGGAACCAUCCUUGCAGACUCGGUUGCCGCCGUCCAUGCAGGAACAUCCUGAGCCAUUUCCUGUCAGCAGCCCUCGUUACGUCGCUUUGUUCGACUUUGAGGGGGCGGAUGCCAACGAGCUCACCUUCUCCCAGGGGGACGCCAUUGAGCUCCUGGAGAUAGUUGAUCAACAGUGGGGCCGCGGCCAGCUUGACGGACGCGUCGGACUCUUCCCGGUUAGCUUUACCCGAGUCACCGAGGGCCUCCCGCCGGAAAGUCCUGUGGCAACAAUGCCCUUAAAAGCAGCAGAGGUGGAGGAGUGGGCAGUGGCGUUAUUUGACUUUCCUGGUCAGACCGCAGAAGAUCUCCCCUUCCACAAGGGGGCGUAUAUCCAAGUAACUGAACAUGUGGACGCUGAAUGGAGAAGAGGGCGACUGGACGGGAGGGAGGGGCUUUACCCCGCAGCUUUCACGCAGACCUGCCAAGCUCCGCCAAUCACAAGCCAGAAAGCCGCAGCGAAGGUCACCGCCAAAGCUUUAUUUGCCUUCACUGCCGAGAAAGAGGACGAGCUGACAGUAAAGCCUGGCGACAUCAUCACGCAGGUGGAAUGUGCCGACGAGCAAUGGAUUGAGGGAGUUGUCGGCGGUAAGCGUGGAAUCGUGCCCAAAAAUUACAUUGAGCUUCUUUGACGAGGACAAUCUGCCGACGGGAUGUUUCGGGGCUUCGCGGUGGAGGUGAGGACAACAAUAUUCCAGUCUACAUUGAUUGACAAGCGGCAAAUGGAGAGGCCUUGGCCUCCUCUGCUCCCUCCCCCAUCCUGUUCAAUACUGGACUCUUUUGGUUCCUUGUUUUAGUCAUAACACAUUUGUUUGAAUACUGAAUAACACAACUAACCAAUAUUGUCGGAUAUUUCCUGGUUGAGUGCAUGUUGACACACGAGCAAGAGUAUAUGUGGAAUGGAGCGUUUUAAAGUCUUUUUUUUUUUUUUCCCAGAACAAUGUUAUGCUUCUUGGGCAAAAUUACAUGAAUGUAAUCACAACAAACAUUCCAACUUUUAAAUCUGAAUAAAACUUUGCAUAAUUCCUCUAA